AUGGAAGAAAUGGGCGUACCCGUUCAACCUCCGACUUAUGGAAACCUAAUUACAAUUCUCAGCAUUGAUGGUGGAGGGAUAAGAGGGAUUGUUCCCGCUACUAUACUAAGUUUCCUAGAGUCUGAACUUCAAAAGCUGGAUGGUAAAGAUGCAAGACUUGCGGAUUAUUUCGAUGUGAUAGCAGGAACAAGCACAGGGGGUCUUCUGACUGCCAUGUUGACCAGCCCAAAUGAAAACAAUCGACCCAUGUUCGCUGCCAAAGACAUCAAGGACUUCUACCUUGAAAAUGGCCCUAAAAUCUUCCCUCAGGACAGUUGUCCAUUUGCUCCUGUUACAAAGAUGAUGAAGACUCUCACAAGACCAAGGUAUGAUGGCAAAUACCUUCAUAGCCUUGUAAAGGAAAAACUAGGGGACACAAGGUUGCACCAGACACUAACCCAUGUUGUGAUCCCAGCUUUUGACAUCAAGCGUCUCCAGCCAACAAUCUUUUCUACCUACCAGGUGAAGAACAAACCAUCCAUAGAUGCGUUGCUCUCUGAUAUAUGCAUCGCGACUUCGGCCGCACCAACUUAUCUCCCUGCCCACUAUUUCAAAACCGUCGAUCACUUGGGAGCAAUGAGAGAGUUCAAUCUUAUAGAUGGUGGGGUGGCUGCGAAUAAUCCGACUUUAGUUGCUAUAAGUGAAGUGGUGGAAGGCAUAAGCAGGGGGAGCCCAGACUUCUUUCCUAUAAAGCCGAUGGACUACGGGCGUUUUCUGGUGAUAUCUUUGGGAACUGGUUCGCCAAAAUCCGAAGAGAGGUUCACUGCACAUGAAGCAGCAAACUGGGGAAUCAUUGGUUGGUUAACGAGCGGAGGGUCCACGCCUCUAGUUAACGUCUUCACCCAAGCGAGUGCAGAUAUGGUUGAUCUCCAUCUCUCUGUUGUUUUCCAAGCUCUUCAUUCCGAAAAUAGCUAUCUCCGCAUCCAGGAUGAUACGUUGAGUGGACCAGUAUCUUCGGUGGACAUAGCCACAAAGAAGAACAUGAAUGAUCUGGUCAAAGUAGGGGAACGACUACUGAAGAAGCCGGUGUCUAGGGUUAAUCUGGAGACCGGAAUCUUUGAGCCGCUGAAUCAGGAGACUAACGAAGAAGCUCUCAAAAGGUUUGCAAAGCUACUUUCCGAAGAGAAGGGACUUCGCCUUGCUCGGUCUCACCACGGACGUACUCACCUUGCAAAUUCUCCCACUUCAUCAACUGCAUGA